GGAACACACAGAGGUUACUCUUCUACCAGCAGCUUACUUUCCAUUCAUAUUAAAAUCAAACAUGCUGCCUUUGACCCAGUCCACCACUCUGUUUAGUCAGUUCUUACAGUGUAACACGCAAUUUACGCAGGAGCUUCACGUCAUCAUUUUACAGUACUGACCCCGAGGAGCCAUAACCCCUUGGCUACGGACUUGACGAGAACCCAAGGAUCCUGCAUGUCAAGAUAUUUUGUUCUCAGUGCCAGCUGGACAAACUUAGCCUGCAGUUUUCUGUGCUGCAAAAAAAAGUUUGCUAUGGCCAGAAGAGGUUUAGCGGUGGUGUUUUCAGUACAGUGUUAGACUGUUCAGGAUUUCCUACGAAAACAAAGAUUUCUACCCUGAAGACAGACAGCCACCCGAUCUGUGAGAAAGCUGUGGCAGAUCUUCUAGUCUAAACCAUGGCAUUCGCAGACCUGCUGGAGCAGGUGGGCAGCAUGGGUCGUUUCCAGCUGAUCCAUGUCACCCUGCUCUCCAUACCCAUCCUCAUGAUGGCGAGCCACAACCUGUUGCAGAACUUCGUCGCAGCCGUGCCUCCGCACCACUGCACUGUUCACACCAACCUGUCUGAUUCUACGAUAAGUCCGGCUGAGAUGCUGCUCCUCAGCGUGCCUCUGGAUGAACAGGGUAAACUGGAACGCUGUAGACGCUAUGUGCAUCCACAGUGGAACCUACUCAGCAAGAACAGCUCAGAAGACCUGAAAAAGGAAGAAAUCGAGAUGGAGGGAUGUGUGGAUGGAUGGAGUUAUAACAAUACUGACAUGAGCGCAACCAUUAUUACAGAGUGGGAUUUGGUGUGUGACUUGAAAUCCCUGAAACAAAUGGGGCAAACUAUUUACAUGGGAGGGGUGCUUUUGGGAGCGUUGGUCUUUGGGGGACUUUCUGACAAGUUUGGCCGACGUAUCUUGCUCCUGAUCUCUAAUCUGCUUUUGGCAGUUGCAGGGACAUGCACCGCCUUUGCAUCUUCCUUCUCCCUCUUCUGUCUGUUUCGCUUCUUCUGUGGCAUGGCCAUGUCUGGGAUAAUCCUCAACUCCUUCUCCCUCAAUGUGGAAUGGAUCCCCACUCGCAUACGGACUGUGGUAGGUACAGCUACAGGCUACUGUUACACCACUGGGCAGCUGAUCCUGGCAGGGGUGGCUUAUAACAUCCAAGACUGGCGCUGGCUCACUCUGGCUGUCUCUCUACCUUUCUAUGUUUUCUUCCUCUACUCUUGGUGGUUCUUGGAGUCUGCAAGAUGGCUAGUUCUUAGCAAGAAACCCGAGGAGGCAGUUAAAAACCUCAAAUCUGUAGCUCGGAUCAAUGGCCGCCAGUCUGAGGGUGACAAGAUCAAUCUUGAGAUGCUGCAGGAAUCCAUGAAGAAGGAGCUGUCUUCCUCAAUGGUCAAUCACAGUGCUCUGGAUCUAGUGCGGACACGCAGCAUGAGAACCAUCACCGUGUGUCUCAGUGCAGUGUGGUUCUCAACAAGCUUUUCCUACUAUGGCUUGUCAAUGGAUUUACAGAAAUUUGGCGUGAACAUAUAUUUGAUUCAGGUGAUCUUCGGUGCGGUGGACAUUCCAGCCAAAAUCAUUGUCACAGUAGCGAUGAGUAUUGUAGGACGCAGACUGUCCCUGUGCAUAUCACUCGUAUUGGCUGGUAUUACCAUUCUUGCCAAUCUGCUUGUGCCUUUUGAAAUGCAGACAUUGCGUACCUCCUUGGCAGUAAUUGGGAAAGGUUGUCUGGCUGCUGCCUUCAACUGCUGUUAUCUUUACUCAGGAGAACUAUAUCCCACAGUGGUCCGGCAGAACGGCAUGGGAUGGGUGUCCACCAUGGCUCGUCUUGGGGCAAUGGUGGCCCCAGUGGUGCUUCUCUGUUCUGAGACAGUCAUCUGGCUUCCAGGUUUCAUCUAUGGAGGAGCUCCUGUCCUGAGUGGAAUCUUUGCUUACUUCCUCCCUGAGACGCUGAAUAUUCCACUUCCUGAUACCAUCCAAGACACUGAGGAAAGAGGUCUCAAGAAGAAAAAUUCCAAAACCUCCAAAAACAAGGAGGAAGUGGCCAUGAAUGACCACUGUGAUAUGCCGCUGAAGGAAAGUGCUUGAGACCUUGUGUUGUCAAAAUGCAGCAGAAUGUAUCCGACAUAAAACACACAGACUGACAUAACAGAGUAGGAAGUUACAUUUGUACUAAAAGUUGAUUUUUUUUAUUUUUUUUUUGGUGAAAAACUGUUUAUUCAUAACACGUAUAAAAUCCUCAAAUUUCAAGUCAAUUAGAAAAUAAAAUGAUUUUGAAUAAAAUGUUUUAUAUGGCACUACUCUCUUUUGUGAAUCAAUAAUACAUAAAGAUUCUACAAUAUUUUUUACAAAAGUCUUUAUACUAGUGUACUGUUCAAUUCUUGAUCUGGUUUGGUCAAAAAUGUUUAUUCGUUUUUAAUCACUGCACUGAAUAAACAUUUAUAUUUAUUCACUUUCUCUCUAUAAUUGUCUAUGGUAAAAUCUCAUACAUAUGGACUUGUAUGGUAAAAAUGCACAUAAUUUGGUUUUAAAAAAUCAUUUUUCACAGAAACUGUUGAUAUGGUGAAGCUUUCCAUAAAAAUAUGUUUUUUUACAUAUAUAUAUUAAUGGAAGGAGUCUCCAGGAUCAGAGCUUUUUAACAGAUAGGAUGUUUUCCAAAAAUGUGAAGUAUGAGUGUGAGUAAACUUCAUUUCUACUUUC